UCCGCUUGUGUGACAGUUGUUAAAGUCAGUGCUGUGGUUGACCAUCAAACAGAGGAUAUGAGAAGUGGAACUAUCAAGACGGCCCAGAACAGUUUCUGUCAGAAGCGAUUUCCUAGUCGGGACGAUUUAAUCGCCUGAGUCAUUGGCGUCUGUUGAGAGGCUAUAUCCGUUGACAAGAAACCCCGGCGGUGCGGUGCUGAGGAGAGAUAGCCCAAACCAAGUCAAAGGUCUCGCUUAUCGUUGAGACAAUGAUCGAUCUGUGCCGAGUUUGAGCUAUUUGGAAUUAACCCGCGUAGAUAAGCUAUCAUUGUAGAUGACAUCGUCAACGUCAUUGGCUGCGGUAUAGGCUAUUUGGUUUAAUGAAAUCCGCGGUGUUAAAAGUUUUCGGCAAGCAGAUGUGUUGACGUCGACGAUGCGCUCACCUUGGCACCAGGAAGUAUGCUUUUGACAACACCCCUUUUUACACUCCGUGUAGACCAGCCUACGAUCAAAAAACUAUCAUUUGACAUAGCGAGACGUGGCUCUGCAGUAUCUACAUAGGUGUUUUCAAUUCGUGUUUUUCCAUGUACAUGGUUAAGCACCUCAGCAAGUCCGUCACAGGUAAUGUUUGCUGCGUUCUGGACGAUUGCGCGGAAGCGAAUGGGUGACUUACAACCUGUGCAUAAAACAAGCUGCGACCGUCGUUUUUGAGGAACAUCGUCGUUAGUAGUUAAACGUUAUGAAGAUUCAUGGGAAGAUUUUGAACCACUACAUAUCCUGUAGUUCAUCUGUGGACAAAGAAGGAUACCUGUACAAGAAGGGCGAAGUGAACACGUCCUACCAGAAGCGCUGGUGCAUCCUGAAGGGGAAUCUGCUCUUCUACAAGGAACGGCAGAGCGAGCGGGACGUCCUGGGCGUGAUCGUCCUGGAGGGCUGUGCCGUGCAGCUGUGUGAGUCCGAGGAGAAGUUCGCCUUCUCGCUGGUCUUCAGCGAGCCGGGCCUGCGAACGUACAAGUUCGCCGUCGAGGACCAGCCAAGUCAGGAGAGCUGGAUUAAAGCCUUACUGUCUGCCAAUCAUGGCUACCUCACACUGCUCUUGAAAGAUCUGCAGGAGCAAUACCUGGAGGCGACCAGAGCAGCAGGCGAGGCUCCGGCCGACCCUCAGCGUCUGUGGGUGGACACUAUGGUGGGCCAUCCCCAGUCCUGGGGCCCCGGCUCUGGGUCUGUCUUCUACACCAACCCCCCGGCCCUCGAUGUGAGGGACUCUGCAGGCCACAGCUCCCAGCAGCUGCUCCAGGCCACAGCUGCCCUGGCCAAGGCAGCCAAUAAGAGGUCGCCCAAGCUGUGGCCUAAGCGGAACGCUCUGGUUGCCCCCAUCAACUGCCCAGCCCCACCCCAGGGGGAGUGGUCGGAGCCCACUGAGGACUUCGGGCAAAUGCAUGAGGAGUUUGGGAAAGAGGUGAAAGAACUGAUAGCUGAUUGGUUGAGGCGGAAACAGGGAGAGGCUUCAGGGGAGGGUGAUUUGAUUGAUCUGGGUUAACACGAAUAUGGAGUCGUGAUGCCUUUUACGUCAGAAGUUCAACUGCUGUAUUCUUUUUUUUUUUUGAAGGAUUUAAAACCUUAAAAUCAUGAUUGUAAAUUGAAAUCUGUAUUGCUAAGGAAUCAAUGUUAAUUUAAAGUCUUUCUAGGUUGGGCCCUAAUUAAGCUACAUUUCAAUAAUGUUUUUUUUUUUUUUUCGGUUUUAUUUGUAUAUAUUAUCAGACUGCACAGAUACUAUUACGUCCUCUAUGUACUAUUGCACCGUCCCAACACUGGAAGUCCUUGUACAGUACUGAGACAGCAGCGCUGUAGUGUUUUGUACACCAUGGUGCACUUGCCGUUGGCCUGGUAACCGAUAUCAUCAGGAGACCUGAGGUUUUCGAGUUGCCACGGCAACCUCCCAGGUUUCAGCUUUACUAUGGUGGCGGAUCAGAGCCAGAUCAGGACCGAAUCAGAGCUUCGUCUGGUCCAAACCCAGAUCUGCCUGCAGAGUCAUCUAAGAAUCUGUGCCAAUGGCAGCUCUAGUCUAGAUGUCAAAUUAAGAUGCCUUUCUUAAUAGGAUAACUUAUUUGUUCAGUUUGAUUGUAAUCAGUAGUGUACCAUGAUUCUAUAAAUGGUACCAUGGUACACUGUUAUUAUCAUGUCAUAUAGUCACAAGUCCUAAACUUAUAGUAACACACUGAUAAACGGUAAUGACUUGUGAUCAUUUGUCAAGUCAGUGUUGAGGCUCUGCGACUAUGCAGACCUUAAUUUCAGCUAAAAUACGCUGAGUCGUAUGAGGUGCCAAAGUAGAUUUUUUAAAUGGGUUGUUUAACCUGCUGUGAAACCUAACCAAAAUGUUUUUUUUUUUUGCAAAUGCAUUUCAAGUUUGAAAUAUUGUCUGGCAUAUUUUGAUUGGUUGUGUUCAAGGGUGUUUUCAUAAAUGCAAAAAAACACAUACAUGCACACACACAUGCAUACACACACAUGCACACACAAACAAAUGCGCGCACACACACACAGUUACAUUGACAUUGAUUUUAUGAUUCUGGGUUAUUUUUGUUUAUUGGUUCAUUGUUUUGUAAUAUUAAUUUUGAGAACUAAUAUGUUAUGAUGUGGAAUUUUUUUUUUUUUUGUUAUAUUUAUACUGUAUUUGUGGUACUUGAGUUAUGAUAACUCGUAUAGUUGUGUUUCAAUUCACAAGCCAAACCAUUAAAAGUGAAAGAUUAUCUGUUA